CGUCGGUGUGCGGAGACCAACAGCGCUGCUGCCGCACAGACAGCGACUAGCAGAGACUCAGUCUGACUGACUUUGGAUAUUUUGGGGUUUGAGGAGAAGCCUGGAAGGAGAAAAGAGGAAAAACAAGAGAUUUAAGUCGGUUUCUAACGGCGGAAUGGCGGACCGGGACCCGGUGCCGCUUCCUGCGGAGGUGCGGGCCAAACUGGCCGAGCUGGAGCUGGAGUUAUCCGAGGGUGAUAUCACACAGAAGGGCUAUGAGAAAAAGCGAUCCAAGCUGAUUGGAGCCUUCUUCCCACAAACACCAGGAAUGGAUCCGUCCACGGGCCAGGAGAGGAGAACCCCGGUCACCCCGUCCUCGUCCUCCCGCUACCACCGCCGGCGGUCUUCUGGCUCCAGAGACGAACGUUACAGAUCAGAUGUGCACACAGAGGCCGUGCAGGCGGCGCUGGCCAAGCACAAAGAGAGGAAGAUGGCGGUGCCGAUGCCUUCGAAGCGGCGGUCGCUGGUGGUCCAGACCUCGAUGGACGCCUACACACCUCCAGAUACCUCCUCAGGCUCAGAGGGCGAGGGUCAGGGUGAAGGUGAUGAAGAAGAAGGAGGAGAAGGCGAAGAAGAGGACGGAGGCGGCGGUGGCGGGACGUCGUCCAGCCGGGAGGGCAGCAUCAGCAUGGAGCACUGGAUCAACCGGGCCAUCCACGGCACCUCCUCCACCACCACCACCACCUCCUCCACGGCGUCCUCCUCCUCGUCCUCCACGCGCAGCGGGGGCAGUGGGGCGGCCGGUGGCAGGCUGGCCGAUGUCCUGGCCCAGCACGUCCACAUCUCCGCCCACCACCAACACCACCGCCACCACCAUCACCACCACCACCACCACCGCAAGACAGAGAACCACUCUGCCCCUCCAGAUGUCACCGGCUACACCAACAACACCGCCAACACCACCGACGGGAUCCAGGUGGAGCGAGCCCCGGGCGCCGGCACCGCGGCCCAGAGGCAGACGCCCAAGUAUGGCAACGCAGAGCUGAUGGAGACCGGAGACGGUGUUCCAGUCAGCAGCAGAGUUUCAGCCAAAAUUCAGCAACUCGUCAACACUCUGAAGAGACCCAAACGGCCGCCGCUAAGAGAGUUUUUUGUCGACGAUUUUGAGGAGCUUCUGGAAGUCCAGCAGCCAGAUCCCAACCAGCCCAAGGCGGAGGGGGCCCAGAUGGUGGCCAUGCAGGGUGAGCAGCUGGGUGUGGUAACCAACUGGCCCCCGUCUCUGGAGGCGGCUCUGCAGAGGUGGGGCACCAUCUCUCCGAAGGCCCCCUGCCUGACCACCAUGGACACCAAUGGCAAGCCGCUCUACGUGCUCACCUACGGAAAACUGUGGUCCAGAAGUGUGAAGGUGGCCUACAACCUGCUGCACAAACUGGGAACCAAACAGGAACCACUCGUCAGACCUGGAGACCGGGUGGCGCUGGUCUUCCCCAACAACGACCCCGCUGCCUUCAUGACGGCGUUUUACGGCUGCCUGCUGGCCGAAGUCGUCCCUGUGCCAAUCGAAGUACCACUGACCAGAAAGGACGCCGGCAGUCAGCAGAUCGGCUUCCUGCUGGGGAGCUGUGGAGUGACGGUGGCUCUGACCAGCGACGCCUGCCAUAAAGGCUUACCUAAGGGUCCCACUGGAGAGAUCCCUCAGUUCAAAGGCUGGCCCAAGCUGCUGUGGUUCGUCACCGAGUCCAAACACCUCUCCAAACCUCCCAGAGACUGGUUCCCACAUAUCAAGGACGCCAACCAGGACACUGCCUACAUCGAGUAUAAGACCUGUAAGGACGGCAGCGUCCUCGGUGUGACGGUGAUGAGGAUAGCCAUGCUCACACACUGCCAGGCUAUCACACAGUCCUGCGCAUACACAGAAGCUGAGACCAUAGUGAAUGUAUUAGACUUCAAGAAGGACGUUGGACUGUGGCACGCCGUCCUGACUAGUGUCAUGAAUAUGAUGCAUGUCAUCAGUAUUCCCUACGCCCUCAUGAAGGUCAACCCCGUGUCCUGGAUCCAGAAAGUCUGCCAGUACAAAGCUAAGGUGGCGUGUGUGAAGUCGCGGGACAUGCACUGGGCUCUGGUGGCUCACCGCGAGCAGAGAGACAUCAACCUGAGCUCCCUGCGUAUGCUGGUGGUGGCUGACGGCUCCAACCCCUGGUCGAUCUCAUCCUGUGACGCCUUCCUCAACGUCUUCCAGACUAAAGGUUUGAAGCCGGAGGUCAUAUGUCCCUGCGCCAGCUCCCCCGAGGCCCUGACUGUAGCUUUGAGGAGGCCCAUCGAGGAGGGCACCACCCCUCCUGGUCGCGGCGUGUUGUCCAUGCAGGGUCUGAGUCACGGCGUGAUCCGGGUCGACUCGGAGGAGAAGCUGUCGGUCCUCACGCUGCAGGACGUCGGCAGCGUCAUGCCCGGAGGGAUGAUGUGUGUGGUGAGGCCUGAAGGCGUCCCUCAGCUCUGUAAAACAGACGAGAUCGGAGAGUUGUGUGUUUGUACUGUCGCCACGGGAACCUCGUACUACGGUCUGGCCGGUAUGACCAAGAACACCUUUGAGGUGUUCCCUGUGACCAACAACGGAGCUCCCAUCAGUGAGUUCCCCUUCACCAGGACCGGCCUGCUGGGCUUCAUCGGGCCUGGAGGUCUGAUCUUUGUGGCGGGAAAGAUGGACGGUCUGAUGGUGGUCGGAGGCCGUCAGCACAACGCAGACGACAUCGUCGCCACGGCGCUCGCUGUGGAGCCCAUGAAGUUUGUCUAUAGGGGAAGGAUAGCAGUGUUCUCCAUCACCGUCCUCCAUGAUGAGAGGAUCGUGGUCGUGGCGGAGCAGCGGCCCGACUCCACCGAGGAAGACAGCUUCCAGUGGAUGAGCCGGGUCCUGCAGGCUAUAGACGGGAUCCACCAGGUGGGGGUGUACUGCCUGGCUCUGGUGCCCUCCAACACUCUGCCCAAGACUCCCCUCGGUGGCAUCCACCUGUCGGAGACCAAGCAGCUGUUCUUGGAGGGCGCGCUGCACCCCUGCAACGUGCUCAUGUGUCCGCACACCUGUGUCACCAACCUGCCCAAACCCCGGCAGAAACAACCAGAGAUCGGUCCUGCAUCUGUGAUGGUUGGAAAUCUGGUGUCGGGGAAGAGGAUUGCUCAGGCCAGCGGCAGAGAUCUGGGUCAGAUCGAAGACAAUGACCAGGCAAGGAAGUUCCUCUUCCUGUCAGAGGUGUUACAGUGGAGAGCCCAGACCACUCCAGACCACGUCCUGUACACACUGCUCAACUCCAGGGGUACGAUAGCCAGCUCUUUGACUUGUGUUCAGUUGCAUAAGAGGGCAGAGAAGAUUGCCGGCAUGCUGGCUGAACGGGCCCACCUACAGGACGGAGACCACGUGGCACUCGUCUACCCUCCAGGUAUCGACCUCAUCGUGGCGUUCUAUGGCUGCCUUUACGCCGGUUGCGUGCCGAUCACGGUGCGACCUCCUCACCCGCAGAACAUCGCCACCACGCUGCCCACCGUCAAGAUGAUCGUGGAGGUGAGCCGCUCAGUGUGUGUGAUGACCACACAGCUCAUCUGUAAACUGCUGAGGUCCAAGGAGGCCUCGGCCGCCGUGGACGUCCGGACCUGGCCCCCCGUCAUGGACACAGACGAUUUGCCAAAGAAGAAACCUCCUCUGCUGUAUAAACCGUCCAACCCUGACACCCUGGCCUACCUGGACUUCAGCGUCUCCACCACCGGCAUGCUCGCUGGAGUCAAGAUGUCUCACACAGCCACCAGUGCCUUCUGCCGCUCCAUCAAGCUGCAGUGUGAGCUUUACCCGUCCAGGGAGGUCGCCAUCUGCCUGGAUCCGUACUGCGGCCUGGGCUUCGUCCUCUGGUGCCUUUGCAGUGUGUACUCAGGUCACCAGUCCAUCCUGAUCCCUCCGUCUGAGCUGGAGGUGAACCCGGCUCUCUGGCUGUCGGCCGUCAGUCAGUACAAAGUCCGCGACACUUUCUGCUCCUACAGCGUCAUGGAGCUCUGCACCAAAGGCCUCGGUCUGCAGACCGACUCGCUCAAGUCUCGAGGGCUGGACUUGUCUCGGGUGAGGACCUGUGUUGUUGUAGCAGAGGAACGUCCCCGGAUAGCCCUGACCCAGUCCUUCUCCAAACUCUUCAAGGACCUGGGACUCCACCCUCGAGCCGUCAGCACCUCCUUCGGCUGCCGGGUCAACCUGGCCAUCUGCCUGCAGGGCACCUCAGGACCCGACCCCACCACUGUGUUUGUUGACAUGAGAGCGUUGCGGCAUGACAGGGUGAGACUGGUGGAGAGGGGCUCUCCUCACAGCCUGCCUCUGAUGGAGUCUGGGAAGAUCCUGCCCGGGGUGCGAAUCAUCAUCGCCAACCCAGAGACCAAGGGACCAAUGGGAGAGUCACAUCUGGGCGAGAUCUGGGUGCACAGCGGCCACAACGCCAGCGGUUACUUCACUGUGUACGGCGACGAGGCGCUGCAGUCGGACCACUUCAACUCCAGACUCAGCUUCGGAGACACACAGACCGUCUGGGCCCGGACCGGGUACCUGGGCUUCCUCCGCAGGACCGAGCUGACCGACGCCAGCGGAGAGCGCCAUGACGCCCUGUACGUGGUGGGUGCUCUGGAGGAAGCCAUGGAGCUCAGAGGGAUGCGUUACCACCCCAUCGACAUCGAGACGUCCGUCAUCAGGACACACAAGAGCAUCACAGAGUGCGCGGUGUUCACGUGGACCAACCUGCUGGUGGUGGUGGUGGAGCUGGACGGCUCUGAGCACGAGGCCCUGGACCUGGUCCCCCUGGUGACCAACGUGGUCCUGGAGGAGCACUACCUGAUCGUGGGCGUGGUGGUGGUGGUCGACAUCGGCGUCAUCCCCAUCAACUCCCGCGGCGAGAAGCAGCGCAUGCACCUGCGCGACGGCUUCCUGGCCGACCAGCUGGACCCCAUCUACGUGGCCUACAACAUGUAGCGCCCCCCGGUGGUGGACACCAAGGUGGAUGAAGGAUUAUUUAGGAAGAUGCAAAGACGGUCGACUCCUGAGACUGAAGAGAAUAAAACAGUGUCUCGGCAGCGCUAACCCCAGAGCUGCUGCAACUAGCUCCAAAAUCAAGAGGUUCUGUUUAGGUUAUUAGUGUUCAGGCUGUGGUUUUAUUUUGGAGGAGGUGAGAUUUGCACUCAGGCCUGACAGGAAGUGCAGCAACUUUCUCCCAUUUGUGCCGUCUGUUUACUGAAAAGUGGCAAUCAUGUGUCCCGGAGGCGGAAGAGGACAAUCGUUAACAAAGAUUUAAAACUGCGUGUGACUCACUUUAAUAUUUUCCUGUUAAGUAUUUGCUGAAGUCGCUUGUUUUUGUUUUUGUUUUCUCCAUUUGUAAUGUCCUUGGAAAAAGUUUAGGCUAUUUUUUUGAAAAGGAUAUUUACACAAAAACAGAACAAACUGUGGCAAAAAUGAUAUUUUACGAUAUCGAACGAUUACAAAGAGUGAGAUAUGUUUUGAUACGAGGCUGUCCUUAUGAGGUACGACACAUUUCUUUCAUGCUAGUUGCUUGAUUUGUUAGUUUUUGUAAGUGUUGCAAUUAUUUUUUAUUCAUUAUUUCCUGAACAGUCCGUCCCAUCUCAGCGGGAAUCCGUGUGCUAAUAGCUAACAGCUGCAGCCUUUAACUCUGUUUAUUUUUCACUGCAAACAUGCUUCGACAUGAAGCGCAACAAUACAUAAAUUCAUAUCAUGUAAGUAUGUACAAAAAGAAACUGAUUUAAUUUAUUUUGUUUCUCUUUUAGAAUUAUAUGACGAGACAUUCAAGAAUGUUUUGCUCUUGAAUAUUUGCUAAUAUAAAAAAAACCUAAAAAGCAUUGUAUUAUCUGGGGUGAAACUCACUUGCGUCAAGCAUAUUACGGAAAAAUAGAAAUAUAUGAUUAUAGAAUAUAUUAAAAGAUGAGUAAAAGAUUCACACCAGGCAGAAGCAGAUCGAAAUUAUGCUUUUUUUCAGCUGCUUGUUGGGAUCAUGUGUUUCAAUCAGAAAAAAACUUUGAGGAGUUUUAUUCCACGUGAAGAGUUCUCAAACAAAACAUCAACCUGACACAUCAAAUUUUGUCCCUCAAACAUUGGAAAAUAUAUUUUGACAAGUCAUUCUUUUAAAAUUAACCACAUGUGUCCUUAAACUACAAAUGAUUCCCUCACAUGUCAAUUUUUUUGUGGGUAAUUUACACAAUAAAUCAGCCAAAUCUCUCUUUCUUAUGAAGGGAAACAGCAAAACGUUAGUCAUCUUUAAUAUCAUGGAUGUUUAAUUUUUAUUUAAAGUAUUUCCUAAAAUGUACCAGGGCUCUGUACUCUGUAACAUAAAACUGUGAGGGAACAUGAGGUGAUCCUGGUACUUUGCUGCCCUCUAGUGGUGAGAAGGAGGAAUUAAAACAACAUUGUAGUUUCUAAAACAAGUUUGUUUUUGUUUUUGUAACUAGAGCUUCUAAAAUUAUCAGGAUUAAUCACUUCUGAUCAAAACUGAUAUUUAAAUGUAAUUAACCCUCUGAACCCCACCAUCCUGCCAAGUUUGAAUCGAUAUUUUCUUUAAAAGAUCGUCAAAAAUACACCGUAACUGUAAAAACAGGCAUUGUUGUCAUAAUUUGAACCUUCUGUUACACAUUUUUCUGCAGAAAAAAACAGCAAUGGAAGCAUAAAUAUUGUCUAGCAAAUACUGAUUUAUUUUCUUUAAAUAAUAAUAAAUGCAUAGAGAGUCCCACAGUUCACCUGUUGGAUAAGUAUCAGGGGCUUUCCCAGUGGUAACCUUCGGAGAAAAAUGUUUGAAUUGAAAAGUAUGUAUGAGUCGUUAUGGUCAAACUUUUAACUUUCCGACGGUCCUUUAACAGAUCAUUAAAAAAAGGAGCCCAAACAAGCUUAAAAUGUAUAUUUCUGUCAGAAUCACUUUAUUCUACAUGUGUCUUUUA